CAAAUAUUUCUUCCAGUUCACAGUACUUAUUCUACCUUUAAUCGCUUGCCAAUAUUAGACAGAUCAAGAACCAUGCCAAAGGUUUAUCCAAAUGCGAACGAUGCAAACGCAACAACAACAAAACCCACAGAAAUCCCCAGACAUAUUUCAGACAGACAGGUGGAGGUAUUAACUGUAUGGAAAAAAUCACUCAUCUUCAACUGUGAUGGUUAUACCGUUUUUGAUACUAAAGGAAAUCUCGUCUUUCGUGUUGAUAAUUAUCAAUCUGGGAAGAAAGAAAUUGUUUUAAUGGAUGGCAUAGGAAAAUCUCUUCUUAUAAUUCGUCGUAAGAGAUUGAGUUUGGCAGAUAAUUGGAUGAUGUUCGACGGAGAAACUUCGAGUAGUCCAAUAUUUCUGGUGAAAAAGCCCGUGAAUAUAUUGGCAUCAAAGAACUUAGCUCACGUUACAUCCUGCCAGAGUAACAGUAAGAAUUUGAUUUACGAGAUUAGUGGAUCUUAUGCACAACGGCAUGUGGCUGUAUAUGAUCACCGAAAGAGACUUGUAGCUGAAAUUCAGAAGAAAGAAACUAAAGCAGGUGUAUCAUUUGGUGGUGAUGUAUUUAAACUGAUAGUGCAACCUGAACUUAAUCAGACAGUUGCUAUGGCUCUUGUUAUAUUGAUGGAACAAAUGUUUGGAUUGAGAAGAUCAAUCAGUUUCGGGUGAACAAUACCGGCAUACACAUCAGAUCGGAUAUACUUGUAUUUAGAAAUUGGAUAUUGAGAAAAAUACCGGCAAUCGGAUCUAAAGAGAAACUUACGGCAGAACCCUUUAAAUGCGAUUGCAGUUGUUGCUGAAAUUCCUCAAGCGGAUAGCAUGAUUGGCUAAGGAAAGUUGUAACCAGAUGCUAGCUCAAGAUGAUGAGUUGAAGCAAAUAGCAACCUGGCACCCUAAAUAGAGUCAAGUUAUCAUUAUGGCUGACGAGAUGUAAACCAAGAGCUUUACCAAAUUGUCAAAUAUACAGUCUUA